GUCCCCGUUUGGUAUAAAUUGAAAUUAUGAUUUUAAUCCAAAUCAAAGUCAAUAAUUUAUUUUAACUAUAUAUUUUAUCGACUUCUAUCAAAAUUUACUAAACAUCUGAUUUUAAUCUUGAUCAAAUACAGGCUAAAUUUCUGAUUUCAUCAACUACUACAAUAUCUUCUUUAUAAACCUUUUUGGCGCCCUGCACAAUUCAAAAAUCUGUUAAAAGAAAAUAAGCCUUCACAGUGAGGAAAACUAAUGGAGAAGAGGAGUUAUCAAGAACCAGGAGAAGAUGACCUUUUCCACUCCGUCGCCAUCAAUCUUCUUGCCAACCUCCAUCUGGACUCUUCCACUGCCACCUCCUGCAACCACCAUCCUAACACCAGCACUACAGCUGCCGGAGCUCCGGUUUCCUUCACCAGAAAACGCUCUGCUUGUGGCUCCAUGAAGAGAAUUUCACAAUCCUCUCCACUUCCUUGCAAGGAAACCUUAUGGGAAAGAGCCAACCUCCAUCCCUCUUCAUCCGCCAGAGCCGCCGCCACCACCACCACUAAAGUCCCACUAUUUUCCUCCACUAAUUCAAUCCAACCUCGAGCACCUUCUUCGAACACAUUGCAGUCUGUUCCUUGUAAAACCACACAAAUCUUGAACCCUUCAAGCCAAUUCUUGAAUCCUCAAUCAACAGAAAAUUCUCCUCCAGAGGCCACACUGCCACCUCUCUGCUCAUCAGAUUAUCAGAUGGUGGCAUCCGCCACUAACAUGCCUCCACAGCAUCGGCAAAGUUCUGAUCAGGAAAGCCCCAAUUCCAAGAGAUUGAAGAGAAUGAAUGAACGGACGAAAGAGAUGAAUCAGUGGUGCAACCAAGUCAUACAUGAAGAAGAACACAAGAAUGAAAUCAAGAAUGAAGCAGAGAAAGCAGUGUGGGUGGAUGAGAUAAAUGGGGGAGAUUUAAUCAUUCACUUUAUGUGUCCAUGUGGUGGAGUAUAUGAAAUCCUUCUUUCUGGAAAUAAUUGUUUCUACAAACUCUAGAAUUUACCAAACAAAAAGCAAUACUGGAUAGUACAAAAGUAGACGAGAUUUUUAGCAUAUUUUCAUUCGUCACUAUAGUAGAGCUAUGUAAAGGAGAAUCGAUUUAGUAGUGAUCUUUAAGAGCAAAAUCUAGAUUUGUUUAGAAUAUUGAGAUAGCGUCUGCUUGCUCCAUUCGGAAUAUCAAUAAAGUUGAAACAAUACGGAGAAUGAAUAUGACAACGACAAGUAUGU